AUGCCACCUCUAUCUCGAUCACUACUGGCGUCGGCCGCCCGGACGUGUCGUACGCAAGUAGCGAGGCGAUACGCUACCGCAGCCGAGACCACUGCGAGCUCUUCUUCCAACAAUGCCUCGGCGCUCUACAUGGAUGGACCACCCGCUCCGAAAGUUCAGUCCCAGGUGAAGAUGGUACCUUAUGCUGGAAAGAGGAAACCUAUCACUCCUGGGGUUCGACACUCGUUGGCUGCUCAACAUCCUCAUUUACACAAGGGCAAGCCGCUCAAGGAUCUGACUCUAGCCAAGAGGAGAAAAGGAGGGAGGAACGAUACCGGUCGAGUGGUCAACCGAUUUGUUGGAGGAGGACACAAGCAGAGGAUCAGGAUCGUCGAUUUCAAUCGAUUCGAGGCUGGGGAGCACGAGGUCGUUCGGAUAGAAUACGAUCCGGGUAGGAGCGCUCACAUUGCGCUCAUCAAGAGCAAAAACGCUCAGGCUUUGGAAGAAAUUGAAUCCAAGUCAUCGGUCCAGGCAUCCGAUGCGGUUUGGUGGGGACCCCAGCAGUUCAAAGAGGACGGCAAACCCAAGGAGAAGAAAAAGACGAUCGGGGGAUACAGCUAUAUCCUCUCUCCAGAGGGUUUGAGGGAGGGGGACACCGUCUGCUCUUACCGAUCCGGUAUCCCUUCCGAGCUCAUCGGCGGAAUGGACGAGUCCAACGCUAGUACCGACCCUUCGUCGCCCCAGACCGUCUUGCCCCCUGGAUCCGGCUCGACGACAUCGUCAUCGCGUGCCCUCGGUCUGCUUCGAACGUUGACCUUGAAGCCCGGGAACGUCCUCCCUCUGUACCUUUGCCCACCUGGUACGAUCGUACACAACAUUUCGCUCUCGCCCUCGGGCAAGAUGCAACUGUGUCGAAGCGCGGGCACUUUCGGUCAAAUCGUCUCCCACGGAGUGGGAAAGAAGGACGUUGAUGGGGAAGAGGGGAAUACUGGCGUCAAGCUCGAACGCGCCAACAUUGACCGUGGGUGGACGUUGGUCAAGUUGCAGAGUGGAGAAGUACGAAAACUCCACCCGAGCUGUGUAGCGACGGUAGGAACGGUUAGCAAUAAGGAGCAUCAGCAAGAGCAAAUUGGAAAGGCGGGAAGGGCUCGAUGGAUGGGUCGAAAGCCCCGUGUCAGAGGUCUCGCGAUGAACGCCUGUGACCAUCCUCACGGAGGUGGGCGAGGAAAGUCGAAGGGUAACAAGCACCCUCGAUCCGUCUACGGUUGGUUGACGCGAGGCAAGAGGACGAGGCGACCAAAGGACAAGGAUGGAAACAAGAUGUGCGUGCGAUCUCUUCUGACUGGCGCGAAUUUCAGCUCUUGAGCUGACGUACAACCGGUUCUUUCCUACUUUUCCUACUUUUCUUCUUUUUCUAUCGUUUCUAUCUACAGGGUCGUCACAGAACGACCGCGCGGACGAGCUUCGAGAUCGUAAUCGUGGCUUUCAUAACAUUGUAUCAGCAGACGCCUUCGUUACGAUUUCAUCAGUUGCAUCGCGCCGAAUUCCUUAUGGAGGUGUAAUCGAGGAUCGGUCGUCAUCGCUGGCCUUUCGGUAACGGCAUGUCAUGGUGUGUCGCUUGAGCUGAUCGGACCGGCAAAAG